AUGGAGAGCAGAUCUGAGCUCCUGGGACACCUUCAAGCCCGCUGCUGCCCGGCUUCCCAGGAACCCUCCCAGGACCCCAGGAGCCCAGCCAGGCGCUCAGGACACCACACCAUGCUCACGGCUCCCACCAUCUCUGCUGUGCCUCGACCCCUCUCUCAGCCUCUCCCACCCGGGAACAGCAGCCAGGAGGAGCGUGCGGACAUCCGGGACCCGCUGCUGGCCCAGGCGGAGCUGGCCCUGCUCUCCAUAGUCUUCGUGGCCGUGGCGCUGAGCAACAGCCUGGUGCUGGGCGCCCUGGCGCGGCGGGGCCGGCGCGGCCGCUGGGCACCGAUGCACGUCUUCAUUGGCCACCUGUGCCUGGCCGACCUGGUGGUGGCUCUGUUCCAAGUGCUGCCCCAGCUGGCCUGGGAUGCCACCGACCGCUUCCAAGGGCCCGAUGCCCUGUGCCGGGCCAUCAAGUACCUGCAGAUGGUGGGCAUGUACGCCUCCUCCUACAUGAUCCUGGCCAUGACUCUGGACCGCCACCGCGCCAUUUGCCGCCCCAUGCGGGCCUACCGCCACGGAGGGGGCGCGCACUGGAACCGGCCGGUGCUGCUGGCCUGGGCCUUCUCGCUGCUCUUCAGCCUGCCCCAGCUCUUCAUCUUUGCCCGGCGCAACGUGGGCGGCGGCAGCGAGGUCUUUGACUGCUGGGCCAUCUUUAUCGAGCCAUGGGGCCUGCGCGCCUAUGUCACCUGGAUUGCCUUGAUGGUGUUCGUGGCACCUGCUCUGGGCAUCGCUGCCUGUCAGGUGCUCAUCUUCCGGGAGAUUCAUGCCAGCCUGCUGCCUGGGCCAGCAGAGAGGGCCAGGGGGCGCCGAGGAGGGCGCCGGAGAUCUAGUUCCAGCCGGACAGCCAGUUCCGGCGGCGAGGGAGCCCCUGUGUCAGCAGCCAUGGCCAAGACCGUGAGGAUGACGCUGGUGAUCGUCAUCGUGUAUGUGCUGUGCUGGGCGCCCUUCUUCCUGGUGCAGCUGUGGGCGGCGUGGGACCCGGAGGCACCGAGGGAAGGGCCCCCCUUCGUGCUGCUGAUGCUGCUGGGCAGCCUCAACAGCUGUACCAACCCCUGGAUCUAUGCCUCCUUCAGCAGCAGCGUCUCCUCCGAGCUGCGCAGCCUGCUCUGCUGUGCCCGGCGGCGCGCCCCGCCCAGCCUGGGGCCCCAGGAGGAGUCCUGCGCCACCGCCAGCUCCUUCCUGGCCAAGGACACUCCCUCCUGA